AUGUCGCGGGAUAUUGCUAUUUCUAGAUUUCGUAAAUUAGAGUACAAACUCGAGCGCAAUUCGCAGCUCAAACAUGAUUAUCACGCGUGCCUCCAGGAGUACUUAGAGCUCGGCCACAUGGAGCCCGUCGAUAGUCCAGCAGCUGCAGGUGGUAACUAUUAUAUACCGCACCACGCCGUGGUCAAAGAAUCUAGUGAAACCACCAAAACCAGAGUAGUUUACGACGCAAGCUCUAAGACUACAAACGGUUUUUCUCUAAACGACAAUUUGUUAAUUGGUCCAAAGCUUCAUUUAGAUAUUGUUGAUGUGUUAUUAAAAUUUCGCAUUCAUUUAAUUGCUUUCACAGCUGAUAUCAAACAAAUGUAUCGUAACAUUAUGAUUCGUGAAUCGGAUAGGGAUUUUCAGCGUAUAGUGUGGCGCACCUCGCCCGAGGAGCCCCUACGCGAUUACAGACUUUGCACUGUGACCUUUGGAGUUAGCUCAUCGCCCUAUCUUGCUCUUCGCACCAUUCAGCAGCUCGCUCAUGACGAGGCCGCACGCUUCCCGCGCGCAUCGCAGGUCCUCAUGCGCGACGUAUUUGUAGACGAUGUCGUAUCAGGUGAAAGUGAUGAGUCACGGGCUCUCGCCCUACAACAAGAGUUGAUAGGUAUUUGUCAAUCCGCAGGUUUUGAGUUGCACAAGUGGCAUAGUAAUUCUCCCGCCUUACUUCUCGGUUCUCAGCCGACAGUUUCUCAUGGUGAGCGGUGCGAAAGUGUGCCCUUCGCACACAUGGAGAAUGACUCAUCCACUAAGGUCCUAGGUAUGCAGUGGGACCCGAACUUAGAUACUUUUGGUUUCAGUGUGAAAAGUUACUCUGAAAAAUGUACAAAGAGGUCCAUUCUUUCAGAAAUUGCACGUAUUUACGACCCUCUCGGUCUUUUAUCUCCAGUGACUUUAUUUGCAAAACAUUUAAUUCAAUUAUUGUGGAUUUCUUCUGUGGACUGGGACGAAACCCCACCACAAGACAUAGUCGAUUCGUGGGCUAGCUUUACAAGUCAGCUCCCACUAUUAUCUAAAGUUAGCUUUCCGCGUCAUGUUUUCCCUCAAAAUUGUAAAUUACAGCUUCACGGCUUUUCAGACGCCUCCGAAAAGGCAUACGCAGCAUGUGUUUAUCUCCGCGCGCAGCGCGAGGAUGGUAGUGUGUGCGUGUCCUUAUUGUUAGCGAAAACACGCGUCGCGCCUACGCGUCGCGUAUCUAUUCCCCGUCUCGAACUGAUGGGAGGUGUUUUGUUAUCACAACUUAUUAAAAAGGUGUUACAAAAUUAUAGUGAUAAAAUACAAAGUGAUCAAAUUUAUACUUGGUCGGAUUCAAGUAUUGUUUUAGCAUGGUUGCGUUCACCGCCCCAUGAAUGGAAAACAUUUGUUUCAAACCGUACUACGGAGAUAUUGAAUAUUGUCCCCGCGGAUUGUUGGCGGCACGUCCCGUCGGCCGACAACCCCGCGGACGCUGCUUCGCGCGGCAUGUUACCCGCUGCUUUCUUGCACCAUGAGAUGUGGUUUCAUGGGCCUCGCUGGUUGAGCGAGGAUGAAAGUAUGUGGCCUGUUCCAAAGCCUGUUCUUCCUACUGAUGAAGAAAAGCGUAAUGUUGUGUUGUGUUCGAGUACUUCUACUCCAAACGAGGACAUUUUCCAGAAAAGUGUGAAAGAGAAGCUAUUUUGUGGAAGUGAGAGAUCAGACAAUGCAAGAAAGAGGCCUACCGA